AUGUCGAUAAUACGCAAGAUAAAAACUAUUCUCUGUUGCUCGCGUAGUGGUUACAUGUUUGACGAGGACGAUGACGACGUCGGCUCCAUCGCUGAAUCUUUCACCGAACGACAGCAGGACGUCUCGGAAAAAACCUUGUUAGGCGACUACAACAACAAGACCGACCUGACGCCGAGUCGGACAUACCAACCGGUCAUCGUGAAGUCCGUGCUGAAAAGGAGCAAAACCCAGGCGUCCAUAACGAAGAACAGAAGAAGAUAUAAUAUCCUGUUAUUCGGCGACAGCUUGACUGCCGACGGGGAGGUGACGCGACUGACGCAGGAUGACGUAAUUCGAGGGGGGAACUUUGGAAAUACCGGUUGGGUGAAAAAUGCUGACGGUUAUGGAACAUAUCAUCCUUAUGGUCUGAGGGUUCAAAAAAGGUUUGAGGACGAGGGUUUGGAUGUCGAGGUUACGGUGAGCGGUGUUCCUGGUGAGUGCGUCGUUCAAUCAAUGGAAGAACGUUUGAAAAAUGAAUUGGAGCAGCCAGGAAAGUGGUACGACUGGGUCGUAAUCUUAGGAGGCACAAAUGACGUAGUCAACGGAUAUUCUGCCUGGGAUAUCUAUGAUGGCUUAAAAAAAUUGUAUACGCUGUCCGCUAAGCACGGUGCGCGAGUUCUAGGAGUAACAAUUCCAGAGUUUGAUUGGGACGAGGGUUUGGAUGUCGAG